AUGAGCUUAUACAAACUCGGCCCGGACACGAAGGACCGGCAGUUUCGCCACGCCCCGCAGCUUUUCUCAAAGAGAACCCCAGACAAUAGAUAUCACAUGGGACGCCACGGCAGGCAUACAACACAUUUCGGAGAACAGUCACUGGGAGUUGGCCACCCGGCUUUAGGCAGAUCCCAGCAAUGCAAAGUUUGCCGCCUCAACGCCAAGACACAUAGUGUCAUAUGGGCUGCAGCAUUCAUGCGCAGCUUGGUCUUGCUGAUCGCAUGUGUGGCGGACGCUGUGUGGCAGGAUCCGCAAAGGACAGCGCGUCCAACGAGUGAUUCCAGCUGGCGGCCAAAGUGUGCGACGAAACAGAGUGACAGAUCUAAGAGGGAGAUCAGCAUUAACGAGAAGUCUGGAGUUUGGGGCUUUCGCUCCUGCCACAGGACGUAUCUUCUGGACGUUGGUUUGGCCCACCACAUGGGCCUUACUUUUGCCAAGUCCAGCGUUCUGGAGUUUGGAGCUGGUUGUGGCUGUUACACUUCUUAUUUGCGAGACGUCGCCCAUGCUGAGUCGGUCACCGCGUACGACGGCAUUCCCAACAUCAGGAAUCUUACGCGUGGCCUCGUUUCUGAGGCAGACUUGACGGUGAAUCUGAGUUCUUUGAUCCGAGCCCAUGACUGGACUUUGUGUACCGAAGUUACAGAGCACAUACCUGGCGAGUUUGAACAGACGGCGCUAGCAAACAUCGUGCGCCCUGCUCGCUGUGGUGUACUACUGAGCUGGGCCGUCCCGGGUCAAGGGGGCCAGGGACACGUGAACGAACAGUGGAAUGAGUAUGUGGUGUACCGAAUGCAAAGCUUCGGCCUCUACUUCGAUCUUGAGAGCAGCCUGAAUCUUCGUGCUGCUGCUGAUACCCACUGGUUCAAGAGAACAUUGAUGCUUUUUCGUCGCCCGGAGUCGCCUGCACGUUGCAGAGAGUCGCAAAAGUCCACCAGCGUGUACAUCUACGAUCACGACGCGCUCCGUUUGCUUCGGCCAUGGUUGAGUGGAGUGAGUCCUCAGCUGUGGGACGACUACUAUGAGCUCUCUGAGAGUCCCUGGAAUGUCUUGAACCGGAGUGAGGAAUUGGACUUAUCCUUUCCCGAUGCUUUUUUGCAAAAGGAGCUGCGAGCCGUGGUUGACAGCCGCUGGCAGCAAGUGAGGGUGGUGCAGGAGCCGAAAAAGGCUGAACUGCUGCUCUUUUUGGUCUGGCAAAAGGCCUUCUGUCUGGCUGCCGGAGAGGAGCAGACCCCUUGCCCAAGCUACCUCAAGCUUCUCGACUGGCUGGAAGCGACAUCAAGGUGGCAGCUUCAUCAAGGUCGUGACCAUGUCAUCCUGCUGGACCACCUACCCAGUUUCACGCGUAGCAGAGGCGGUGUAACGCGUCGUUCCAUUGUAGCCACGACGGCGGAUGGCAUGCCUGGCAGUCAUGCCAUAUCUGUUGCCCUGGCGCUUCCCUACUAUGUGCCUUUUUGGAAGUAUCAUGCGGGACCUCCAAACCGGGAUCGGAAAGCACUGAUCGGGUUUUUGGGGAGCGGGAGCCCGAGCUCCACGAGACGGAAUGCGACGGGUGUGGUGCGCGUCUUGAAGCUGGCGGAGGACUUGUCUGGAAACUGCAUGCAGGGCGAGUGUCGAGUACGAUGGACGGACCAGCCUGCGACGCACCCCGAGGAUUACAAGAUCCUGAAAGAUUCCAUCUACUGUCCUGUCACGAGCUCGAAGGUGCUCUUUUUGGCGAUCCUGGCCGGAUGCAUCCCUGUCAUCAUUUCAGACCUGCCUGUUUUCUUCGAGCCCAUUUUGUACUGGGAGGGAAGUCACAUUUCCGUACCUCCGGCCGAUUUUGAGAGCCCAACUUUUUCGCUUGUACAGUUUCUUCGCGGAAAGAGCCUGGGACAAGUUCCCAGGAGGCAGGCGCGCCUAUUUGAAGUUAAAUCAGCUCUGAUUUUCUCCCACGGCUGUCCGCCUCUGUGGGAGUCUCGGCUACCUUCAAGACAGCGAACGCCCUGGUGCCGCCAUCAGGCGGGCAGCAUGCCUGAUGCAGUGGACUAUUUCAUGCAUAGCAUAUUGCACCUGAGCAGUCUGCGCAGCACUGGUUAG